AUGUCCUCUUCUGAAGUCAUUACCAGCAGGUACAGUAGCUCAGACUGCCAAAGAAACACAACUGGAGACCACUGUGACCGAUGUCCGGAAGGCUACCUGGGUGAUGUGACCAGAGGAGCACCCAGCUUCUGCCAACCUUGCCCUUGUCCCUUGCCUCUGGUGGCCAACUUUGGAGUUUCCUGUUACAGAAAAAAUGGAGUGGUGCGCUGUAAAUGCAAAGAACAGUAUGCAGGGUCAAACUGCGAAAGAUGUGCUCCAGGUUAUUAUGGAAACCCUUUGGUGAUUGGCAGUACUUGCAAAAAAUGUGACUGCAGCGGCAAUUCGGAUCCUAACUUGAUCGUUGAGGAUUGUGAUGAAGUGACAGGCCAGUGUCGCAACUGCAUGCGUGGUACCACAGGGUUCAAUUGUGAGCUCUGUGCUCCUGGUUAUUAUGGGGAUGCUAGAAUAGCUAAAAAAUGCACAGCAUGCAACUGUGGAGGAGCACCUUGUGAUCGUCGAACAGGACAAUGCCUCGGAGAACCUCCAAUGCCUGCUCCAGUCACAGAUUGCCCAGAUAUCAGUUGUGACAAAUGCAUUUGGGACUUGACUGAUGAUAUCAGCCUGGCAAUCCAAUCCAUUGAGGAAAGCAAAGAAAUUCUACUAAGCAUCUCCACUGGAGUUGCAGCUCACAAACACUUGUAUGACCUCAAUACCACUACUUUUAUCCUCAAGGAAAAAUUCUCCGAGAAGGACAAUCAUUCUGCUCUUCAGACAACCCAGGUUAAUGCUGCUGCAAAUGAAAUGACAGAACUUAUCAGGAAAAUUGAUGCCCUUGAUGAAAAGAGAAAUCAAGAAUCAGGCAAAGGUCAGCAGCUGCAGAAGGAAACUAUGGAGACCAUUAAGCGUGCUACUAUUCUUGCACAAGAACUUGGAAAUAUUGUAGAUAACAUACAAGAAAUUGGCAGCAAAGCAGAAUACUAUGGUAUUGAGCAUGAUCUGAGGCCUGAAGAUAUUGCUCAGAAGGUCAGAGCAGCAGAAGAGAUGCUGAAGGACAUCAGACUUCGUAGACCUUUCACCUUCCAGAGGCAACUUGCUGAUGAAGAGUCUGAAGCAGCUCAAGACUUAUUAAGGAAAGCUGAAAGUUGGGAACAGAAACAUAAUGAAACCAGGUCUUUGAUUCCUGACAUAUUGGAUCAGCUUGGGGAACACCACACCAAACUCACAGACUUGCAAGAGGCUUUGCACCAAGUUAUUGAUGACAUCAGAAAAACAGCCACUAUAAAUAAUGAAAGCAUUGCUAAACUCCAAGUGCAUGAGAAACAACAAGAAAUAUUGGAGGAAGAGAUUGACACUCUGAACAAUACCCUAGGGAUGGCCACAGACAUUCUAAAUAUUUCUCAUGGAAUCAUCUCUGACAUGAAUGAAGCAGUACAGAAUGCAUCCAGGCUUUACGCAGAAAUAGAUGGAGCUAAAGUACAGCUACAGGACAAACAGGCCAACCAGUCAAGGUUUGAUGAAGAUUUGGUUGAAAAAGCCAUGAAAUAUGCACAGGGCCUUCAGGACCUUGCAGAUAAUUUGGAGAGUAAUGUUGAAGAAACAGGCAGAGAGAUUAAUGAAACACUUGACAAGAAGAAUGAUGUUAAAGGCCGUUUCAUGAAAGUCCUUAAAAAAAUGCACACAUCAGAGCAAGAUCACAUGAAGCAGUUUGAGCAAUUGCAAGCUAUUGCUACUCAAGCUAAAGAAACAGCUGCAACCAUAACCUCCACCACAGAUCCAAUGUCUGAGAAUGUGACAAAAUGGUCAAAAGAUCUGCGCAACUUUAAACCUGAAAGAGCAGCUUAUGAACGUGCCACAGUCACAACUAGGGAUACAGUGAGGAGUCUCACAGAACUUGUCCCACAGCUCCUAGAUAAGCUGCGUAUAGUAGAAGAGAAAAGAGCAGCAAACAAUGUGUCAGCCAGCAUCCAGAGGGUCCGAGAACUCAUUGCACAGACCAGGAGUGUGGCAAACAAGGUUCAAGUGUCAAUGACAUUUGAAGGUCGUUCAGCAGUUGAAGUCAAUCCUCAAGUGAAUGUAGAAGACUUAAAGGCUUUCACAUCUUUAAGUUUGUACAUGAAAUUUUCUGGAGAAAAUCCACAGAGAAAAAAGCCUCAAGAUCAAUUCGUUCUGUAUUUAGGAAGCAAAAAUACAAAAAAUUAUGUGGGUCUUGCAAUUAAGAAUGGGAACCUGGUCUACGUUUAUAAUUUGGGUGCUGGUGAUGUGAAUAUACCUCUAGAUUCUAAGCCAAUCAGCUCUUGGCCUACACAUUUCAAUCUGAUUAAAAUAGAGAGGAUUGGCAAGCAUGGCAAAGUGUUUUUGACAAUCCCAAGCCUUACCAGCACAGCUGAGGAAAAGUUUAUUAAUAAAGGAGAGGCCCCAGGUGAUGCUUCUCUUUUGGAUCUAGAUGCUAAAAAUACUGUUUUCUAUGUGGGAGGAGUGCCUCCAGAUUUUAAGGUCCCUCCAAGUUUGGACUUGCCUGGCUUUAUUGGAUGCUUGGAACUUGCCACGCUGAAUGAUGAUGUCAUUAGUCUGUAUAAUUUCAAAAACAUCUAUAAUGUUACCAAACCAAUACCUUGUAUCAGAGAUAAACUGGCGUUUACCCAGAGCCGAGUUGUAAACUACUUCUUUGAUGGCUCAGGUUAUGCUUUGGCAAAGAAUAUUGAGAGCAGAGGGAAGUUUGGUCUUGUGACUCGUUUUGAUAUAGAAAUUCGAACACCAAGUGAUAAUGGUCUUCUCCUUCUGAUGGUUAAUGGAAGUAUGUUUUUCAGCCUGGAGAUGCAAAAUGGAUACCUGUAUCUGCAGUAUGAUUUCGGCUUCAGUAAUGGCCCUGUGAUUCUAGAAGAUAAUAUGAAGAAGGCUCUGAUUAAUGAUGCAAAGUUCCAUGAGAUAUCUGUCAUAUAUCAUAAUUCCAAGAAAAUGAUCUUGGUAGUGGAUAGGAGACAUAUAAAAAGUGUGGAAAAUGAAAAGAAAAACAUGCCAUUUAGUGAUGUCUAUAUAGGAGGAGCUCCUACCGAGAUUUUAAAAUCUAGUGGUGUCAGCUCACACCUGGCUAUCAGUACAUCCUUUAGGGGCUGUAUGAAAGGUUUCCAGUUCCAAAAGAAGGACUUCAAUUUGUUGGAAGAGCCAGGUACCCUGGGCAUUGGUUAUGGCUGUCCCGAAGAAUCACUUGUGUCCCGCAAAGCAUAUUUUAAUGGUGAAAGCUAUAUCGCAUCCAGCCAGAAAAUCUCUCCUUUUCAUAUGUUUGAAGGCGGCUUUAAUUUCCGAACUUUACAGCCUAAUGGACUGUUGUUUUAUUGCACCGAAGAUUCAGAAGUGUUCUCUAUUUCCAUGGAAAAAGGAAAUGUGGUAUUAAAUGCAAAAGGAGUAAAAGUUCAGACAGCAGACAAGUCCUUUAAUGAUGGAAAGGCCCAUUUUAUCAUGACAACUAUCUCACCUGAAAAGCUUGAACUUUGGGUAGAUGAAAAAAGACAAAGCAAAAAUAAUCCGGCAAAGGAUGCAGCUGAGAGAAAGCCUGUAAGCACCAAGAAAUUCUACUUUGGGGGUUCACCCCUCAGUACACAAUUAGCAAACUUUACUGGCUGCAUAAGUAAUGCCUAUUUCACAAGAUUAGAUCGAGAUAUUGAUGUGGAAGACUUCCAACGCUACCCGGAGAAAGUUCAUGCAUCUCUUUAUGGAUGUCCCGUGGAAUCUCCUCCAGUUGCCCUUUUUCAUAAAAAAAGAAAAAAUUCCUCCAAAGCCAAGGAAAGCCACAGCAAAAGGGCUGAAAAAAGUAAAAAAGGAACAUCCCCUUUGUCAUCUGUCAUAAAUAAAGGAGAACAAGAACUGAGAAAUCAGAGGGACCCACAUUGCCAUUUCUCCAAUAAUCCGAAAGCAACUGAACAGGCGUAUCUUUUUGGUGGGACAGCAAAUAGCCGGCAAGAGUUUGAUUAUUUACCAGAGGAUUUCUAUGAAAGAUCUCAGUUCUCCAUUAGUCUAAAGACUCAUUCAUCCCACGGAAUGAUUUUCUAUAUUGCUGACCAAGCAGAGGAACAUUUCAUGGCCCUCUUCAUUGCCCACGGACGACUUAUUUAUAUGUUCAAUAGAGAUCACCAGAAAUUAAGAAUUCGAACCCAAGAGAAGUAUAAUGAUGGCCAGUGGCAUAAUGUAAUGUUUGUUCGAGAGAAGAAUAUUGGUCGUUUGAUUAUCGAUGGCCUCAGAGUACUAGAAGACAGUCUUCCUUAUUCUGAUAACACAUGGCCAGUUACUACUCCUUUCUACAUAGGGGGUGUGGCACCAGGAAAAGCUGCUAAAAAUAUCCAGAUUAAUUCAGUGUACAGUUUUAGUGGUUGUCUUGGCAGUCUACAGCUCAACGGAAAGCCAGUCACUUCUCCGUCACAGACCUUCAGUGUAACACCUUGUUUUGAAGGACCAUCAGAAGAAGGAACCUAUUUUUCAUCAGAAGGGGGAUACAUUAUACUUGAUGAAUCAUUUAGCUUGGGCCUGAAAUUUGAAGUUGUUUUUGAAGUCCGCCCUAGGCACCAUUCUGGAAUACUUAUGCAUGCACAUAAUGUAAAUGGAGAGUUCCUGAACAUACAUAUGAAACAGGGACAGGUUAUUGUGAAGCUAAACAAUGGCAUUAAAGAUUUUUCAACUACAGUUAUACCAAAGCAAAGUCUCUGUGAUGGCAGAUGGCACAGAAUUGCAGUUAUUAGAGACGCUAAUGUAAUACAACUGGAUGUUGAUUCAGAAGUGAAUCAUGUGGUGGGACCAUUAAACCCAAGAGCAAUUGACCACAGAGAGCCGGUAUUUGUUGGAGGAGUACCAGAAGCUUUCCUGACAUUCAGCCUGACCACACGUAAUUCCUUUACUGGAUGCAUCCGUAACUUUAUGAUUGAUGAAAGGCCGGUGAUUUUCAGUAAGGCAGCUUUGGUCAGUGGCGCUGUGAGCAUCAAUGUAUGUCCUGCUGAGUGACAGGCUGGUACUACAAUGAUAUAUACAGCAUUGAAGAAGCAGCAGAAGCUGUGCAGGGUUCAAUUUUCAGUAUCAGAAGAAUUAAAACAUAUCACUCAUUUUAAAUACAUGAUAACAUAACAGCAUAAAGCUUGCAAUCAUUAGGAAAGCUUCAAACACUUUUUUUUUGGGGGGGAUACAGAUUCCUAACCUGUACUAGGGGAAAAAAAACACCUCUGCGGUGUUCUAACUGGGGAAUGAAAGUGAUCAACCCAGUGGGAAGAAAUGUAAAUCUACUACUGCAGUGGUCCCCAACCUUUUUUGUACCACGGACCG